AUGGACAAACCGGGAACCGAUUGGAUUGAAGAGGCAAAGAAGAAGCUGGCUUCCUUUCGGACUAUCUGCAUGCUGCUGAAGGAUCGACAUCUGCUCCCACAGCCAAUGUUGUUCACCAUGGUCAUGGAAUUCAUUGGAUCGGACUCCUUGCGGCCGGCCCUUGACUUUAAUGGUCGUGUUUUCAUAUACAUGGUUGGGCUAGUGAUAAGCCAGAAAAGAAUUCAGAAAGUCAUCAAGGAUUACGAUGACAAAAACUUGGUCGCGGCCACGAUCAAGUCGAUUUCAGCAAAGUUGUUGGAACCAGAACUUAAACACGAAGGAAAAAUCCCAACAAACAAGAAAGAUCUCAUGACAAUAUGCAGCAAAAAUGUGGCAUCAUUGCUGAUGUCCCAUGUCUUCGGCUCCACUGAGUUGGUUGUGGGCCUCCAUGCUCGGAAGAUCUUAGUUGCUCUUGAUAUGUACGACUGGGAGGAAUCCGGAAUGACCCAAAAGGCUGAUGUGAAGAUGGCGAACAUUCCUGCAUCUAUGGUCAAAAAGAGUCUCAAGACUUGGCUGCCCAAAGGUGAAUCACAUGAUUUUUUUGACAUGAUGGAUACACUGGGUAGUCUCUUUCCUACAAAGGCAGGAGUGUGGGGCAAGAUUACUAAACCCAUCAAUGCACACUUCUCCCCCAAAGAGAAAGAAAUGGCCAUUGGGAUGGUGACGACUAUUAGUCAAUCCUACAAAGCAACCAAGGUCGGAGGAAGAGAAACUCGGAGAUGUGCCGCAUGA